CUAGUUGCAUGCAAAAUGAGGAAAGUUGGCUCACAAGAGAUCAUAGAUGAUGAUGAUGAUGAAAAGGUGGUUUUAAAUGAUCAACCAUUGUCAUUCUUUAAACUUUUAAGCUAUGCAGAUGCAGUCGAUUACACGCUAAUGGCGUUUGCAUCUUUGGGUUCGGUUAUUCAUGGCCUUGCACAGCCACUUGGUUAUCUCCUACUAGGAAAAGCCAUAAAUGCGUUUGGUAACAAUAUAAAUGAUGAUGUUGCCAUGGUUAAAGCCCUCAAGAAGGUUAUACCAUUUGUAUGGUACAUGGCUUUCGCUACGUUUCCAGCUGGAGUUAUAGAAGUUGGAGGGUGGAUGUAUGCAAGUGAGAGACAAGUUACGAAAUUGAGGUUAGCAUAUCUGAAAGCAGUUCUUAAACAAGAGAUAGGUGCUUUCGAUACAGAAUUGACAAACGGGAAAAUCAUCACCGGUAUUAGUAGUCACAUGAGUAUAAUACAAGAUGCUAUUGGCGAGAAGUUGGGCCAUUUUCUGUCAUGUUUCGCCACCUUUUUUACGGGAGUAAUAAUAGCUUUUAUAUCAUGUUGGGAAGUAUCAUUGCUCACCUUAUUGGUUGUUCCUAUGAUUCUCAUAAUUGGAGCCACUUAUACAAAGAAAAUGAACUCCAUUUCAACCACAAAAGCCACAUACCUUGCGGAAACCACAAUCAUGGUCGAACAGACGGUUUCUCAGAUCAGAACAGUGUUUGCUUUUGUUGGAGAAAACUCGGCGAUAAAAUCAUUCUCAGAAUGCAUGCAGAGACAAUUGAUUAUUAGCAAAGGAGAAGCGUUGAUUAAAGGAGUUGGAACUGGAAUGUUUCAAACAGUGACAUUUUGUUCAUGGGCUCUCAUUGUGUGGAUUGGAGCCAUUGUUGUUGUAGCCAAAAGAGCUAAAGGAGGUGAUGUUAUAGCAGCAGUCAUGAGCAUACUCUUUGGAGCCAUAUCAAUCACAUAUGCAGCACCCGAUAUGCAAAUCUUUAAUCAAGCAAGAGCAGCAGGGAAAGAAGUGUUUGAGGUGAUUAACAGAAAAUCUGCUAUAAGCUAUGAUGGAAAAGGGAAGACACUUGACAAAAUUAAUGGAACUAUUGAAAUUCGCGAUGUGCAUUUCGCUUACCCAUCACGCCAAGAAAAACUAAUUCUUCAAGGCUUUUCGUUAUAUAUCCCAACCGGAAAGGUUGUCGCUUUAGUAGGUAGUAGCGGCUGCGGGAAAAGCACCAUUAUUUCUCUAGUGCCAAGAUUUUACGAUCCCGAGAAAGGUGAGGUGCUAAUCGACGACCAUAACGUGAAGGAUCUUAAUAUAAAGUUUUUAAGGUCAAAUAUAGGAGCAGUUUCACAGGAGCCUGCGCUCUUUUCGGGCACAAUCAAAGAUAACAUGAAAGUAGGAGGAAACAAAGACGUCGAUGAUGAACAGAUCCAACGAGCAUCAGUUAUGGCAAAUGCACACACUUUCAUAUCCCAACUCCCAAAUCAGUACCUAACAGAUGUAGGACAAAGGGGUGUACAGUUAUCAGGAGGCCAAAAGCAGAGAAUCGCUAUUGCGCGAGCCAUAUUAAAAGACCCUCCGAUUUUGUUGCUUGAUGAGGCAACAAGCGCGCUCGAUUCAGAAUCUGAAAAACUGGUUCAAGAUGCCCUUGAGAGUGCAAUGAAAGGAAGAACAGUUAUUUUGAUUGCACACAGGAUGUCAACAAUUGUUAAUGCAGACAUGAUCGUUGUCGUACAAAAUGGACAAGUUACAGAGACGGGAACUCACAGAAAUUUGCUAAAAACCAGCGAAUUUUACCGCAAUUUGUUUAGCAUGCAGAAUAUCAGUACAGAAGCCGAACCGAGUUCUGUAAAUCCCAUUAAAGAGACAGAAAUAACAGAUCCCGUUAACGAGACGGAAAUAAAAGAGCAACAGGCUUCUGAUCAACUUGAUACGCCUAUAGAAACGAACAAGCUCCUUAAAGAUACUCCCAAGAAAGAUGAACAAGAUGGAAGUGUGAACAAAGAUAUAUUUUUCAGAAUCUGGUUCGGUUUGAAUAACCAAGAGUUUAUAAAGAUUGGUGUAGGCUCUUUUGCUGCUGCAUUUUCCGGCAUUUCAAAACCGGUUUUCGGAUUCUUUAUUAUAACCAUCGGAGUUGCAUAUUUUAAAAGUGGGGCUAAAGAGAAAGUUGGAUGGUAUUCAUUGCUAUUUUCUGCAAUCGGCUUGCUUUCGCUUUUCAGCCAUACUGUGCAGCAUUAUUUUUAUGGAGUAAUCGGAGAGAAAGCGAUGACAAAUCUUCGACAAGCUUUGUAUUCAGCUGUACUAAGAAAUGAACUAGCAUGGUUUGACAAGCCCGAAAACAGUGUCGGUUCGCUAACCUCACGAAUCAUAAAUGAAACAUCCACAGUCAAGACCAUAAUAUCUGACCGGAUGGCAGUCAUUGUGCAAUGUAUUUCCUCGAUAUUAAUAGCAACCGUGGUUAGCAUCCAAGUCAACUGGCGGAUGGGUCUGGUAGCUUGGGCAGUUAUGCCAUGCCACUUCAUAGGCGGUUUAAUUCAAGCGAAAUCCGCCAAAGGAUUCUCCGGAGACACGGCUGCAGCACAUUCAGAGGUCGUCGCACUUACUUCCGAAUCAGCAACCAACAUAAGAACCGUUGCUUCGUUCUGCCACGAAGAACGCAUACUUGAGAAGGCUAAAUUGUCGCUAGACUCGCCACUAAAAAAGAGCCGAAAACAAAGUUUAUGGUAUGGAUUGAUUCAAGGUGUGUCCCUUUGCUUAUGGAACAUUGCUCAUGCUGUUGCAUUAUGGUAUUCAACCGUGUUAGUCGAAAAAAAGCAAGCGAGCUUCGAAGAUGGAAUCCGGUCAUACCAGAUCUUCUCCCUAACCGUACCUUCGAUCACCGAGCUAUGGACUCUAAUCCCGACCGUUAUCUCAGCCGUCAAUGUACUAACUCCAGUGUUCCAAACCUUAGACCGAAAAACUGAAAUCCAACCCGAUGAACCCGAGAACCCACCUUCCAAGACCAUCAUCGGUCAAAUCGAGUUUCAAAACAUCGAUUUCAGCUACCCAUUACGUCCGGAAGUGAAGAUACUUGAUAACUUCAGCAUGCGAAUCGAACCGGGGGCAAAGGUGGCUCUCGUAGGACCAAGCGGAGCCGGAAAGUCCUCAGUGUUAGCUCUGAUAUUAAGAUUCUACGUUCCAUCAAAAGGAAUGAUAUUAAUUGAUGGAAGGGACAUAACAGAAUACAAUCUGAGGAAACUAAGGAAGCAGAUCGGGUUAGUGCAGCAAGAACCACUGUUGUUCAGCAGCUCCAUCAGGGACAACAUAUGUUACGGAAACGAAACAGCUUCCAAAAGCGAAAUCAUCGAGGUUUCGAAAGAAGCAAACAUUCAUGAUUUUGUAAGUAAUCUGCCAGACGGGUACGACACAGUGGUGGGAGAAAAGGGGUGUCAGCUUUCGGGUGGACAGAAACAAAGGAUUGCGAUUGCUCGGAGUCUGUUAAAGAGGCCUGCGAUCAUGCUUCUUGACGAGGCAACUAGCGCGCUCGAUGCAGAGUCGGAGAGAGCUGUGGUGAGUGCGUUGGAAUCGAUCAACAGGAAUGGAACCAGUGGGGUGCAGACUACACAGAUUACGGUGGCGCACCGGCUUUCGACGGUUGUACACUCGGACACCAUAGUUGUUAUGGAGAAAGGUAGAGUGGUGGAGAUGGGUACACAUUCGGAUCUGGUUGCAGUAUCUGAAGGUGUUUAUUCAAGAUUCUACAGGAUUCAGAGCAUGAGGUAGAAGAGAAACAAGUUAUAACGGUACUCAAUGUGCACGGGUGGGCAUCGUAUGUUAUCAUGUCAUAUGCUACUAGGAAGGAAGGAAGUUAGUUAUUUAUAACAACGUUGUUGUUUUAUAAAAGGGACUCUAAGGAGUUCAUUUCCCAUAACCAAUGAAAUUCUCAUCUUUGAUA